GGCUCCCGGCGGCGGGGGGAGGUGGCAGCGGCGGCGCUGAGAGCAGCGGCCGGGCGGGCGGCAGCGGGAUGCACGGCGGGCAGAGGCGGCAGGAGCCGGCGGUCAAAAUUUAUCUGGUUGACUCAAAUUAGUGUUGAUUUAACCAUUCUGUAGAAGACGAAUAUGAUGCCGAACAGAAGUAACCUCUCUUCCUUUCAGAAUGUUGGAUCAGAUUCCAGUAAGAUCAUGGCUGAGUAUAGCCACACACAAAACCAGAUGGAAUUACAAAAUGCUAGUUUGGGUAAGGGUUCUGUGGCAAAUUCCCUUGAAAAUGGUCUCCAGGAAAUUAUGGAAAACCUCAACCCGAAGAAAUAUUCUUCGAGUCUCAAAUUUAAAACAAACGGGGACUAUGCUGGCUCGUAUUUAACGCUUUCACAACCGAUGCCAGUUAAACCUAAUCCUUCCUCCAGUGUUAAAAAUACACACUCCAUCACUAAAAUUCAAGGAGGCAAGCAGUUCCCCUGUGAAAGCCCAUAUCUUCCAGAUAAAAGCAUCUCUGUAAAGCAUUUGGGUUCUGUAUCAGGCACGUCACCAUCCAUCAGCGGGUACAGUUUAGCAAGGACAGACUUUGAUAUUCAUGUCAGCAGAGAUAAUGAAAAAUCCCUUGGACACAUGGAUAAGUUUCAAUACUCAAAGUACAGUCAGAAAAACAAAUCGUAUGACAAUGUCUACUUCCCAGGAAUGCUGGAGACGAGGAAGAUCUCGGGCUCUCUUCUGACCAUGUGGAAUGGAAGCUCUGGGAACGAGCUGAUGCUUUCACCUGCUGGCAGUUCAGGGGCAGCCAGCAUGCCCUCUAGCCCAAAGCAAGGCAGGAGGAUGAAUGUUGAAGAUAGCCUGGCCCCUCACGUAAAACCGGUUAAGCACAAGGAUGUGAUGAUGGAGACUCUGGGUUCACGGCCUAGGAAAUAUUCUGGUGGAUCUCUAAGUCAUAUGGGAAUGUACAGUCGUUCCCUACCCAGACUUUAUAAAUCAACAGAAAGCCAGCUGGUGCCAUUAAGUUUGCCCCCCAGAAGCUCUCUGGGUAAUACUAAAAGGAAAAAACUUGGAGAAAAAGAUCUACCUCAGAAUGCUUUAGAUGCUGAUAAUUACCUGCAUUUUUCUUCUUGCAGCUCAGGGAUUUCACCACAUGCAAACUCUGUCUCUGGGAAUAAUCCCUAUGUCAGUUCAACUCUUAGUGUUCCUGCAAGCCCUCGAAUUGCUAAAAAAAUGCUUUUAGCACCUUCUUCCCCAUAUCUUUCCGACGAUUUCGAUAGACUUGGACUCUCAGGAACAAGUCCCAGUGGUUCUUUCUCCCCAGUGGAUUUUGACAGGUCAUUCUCUGUCCGAAGAAACCUUUCCACAAGUUCUGUGGAACUUGACGACCCAGAGCUGGAAAGUUAUAGACAGACACCAAACUCACUGCAGCCAUGCAUGCGAGAGCGGAAGAGCAGCAUUAGCUCCAUUUCAGGAAGAGAAGACCUCAUGGACUAUCACAGGAGGCAGAGGGAAGAGCGGCUUCGGGAGCAGGAGAUGGAACGACUGGAACGACAACGGCUGGAGACAAUCCUAAAUCUGUGUGCAGAAUAUUCCAAAUCUGACAGCGACCCUGCCGCAGCUACGACAGUUGCUGAUGUUCAAAAAAUUAACAAAGAACUCGAAAAACUUCAGCUGUCAGACGAGGAUUCAGUGUUCGAAGACUCCCAGAUGAAUCUGGAAAUGAGGUUCAGGAGCCAGCUGAAGUCAUCUGCAAGUGAUUCAGAUUUCUCGGAGCUGAGCAGCCACAGCCGCAGCACUGCUCCUUUCCUUUCCUCUCGAGGACUGAGAACUGAAGAGCACUUCAAUGAAAGUGCAAAGCCUCCCCCUUUCCCUGCUCCCAGCUUCCUGAAGGAUGCUGCCGAAUCAUCCUACCUAAGCAUCACACCAAAGAUACCAGAAUGCACAAGUGAUGAGCAAAGAGGGCAGGAGCUUGGUCGGCUGGAGGAGGAGCGCAUAGUGAUACUAAAUAACUUGGAAGAACUUGAGCAGAAGAUCAAAGAUUUGAAUGACCAGAUGGAUGAAUCCUCGAGAGAGUUGGAUAUGGAAUGUGCCCUUUUGGAUGGGGAACAGAAAUCUGAAACAACAGAGCUGCUGAAAGAGAAGGAAAUAUUGGAUCAUCUAAACAGAAAAAUAGCUGAGCUGGAGAGAAAUGUUAUUGGUGAAAAGACAAAGGAAAAAUUAAAACUUGAUGCUGAGAGGGAAAAACUAGAGAGGCUUCAGGAGCUUUACUCCGAGCAGAAGACGCAGCUUGAUAAUUGCCCUGAGUCCAUGAGGGAACAAUUACAGCAGCAGCUGAAGAGGGAUGCUGAUCUUUUGGACAUAGAAAGCAAACACUUUGAAGAUUUGGAAUUUCAGCAGCUUGAACAUGAAAGCAGGUUAGAUGAAGAGAAAGAAAAUCUGACACAACAGCUCCUGCGUGAAGUAGCUGAAUAUCAGCGCAGCAUUGUCAGUAGAAAGGAAAAGAUUUCUGCUCUCAAAAAACAAGCCAAUCAUAUUGUCCAACAAGCACAAAGAGAACAAGAUCAUUUUGUAAAAGAGAAAAACAACUUAAUAAUGAUGCUGCAAAGGGAAAAAGAGAAUCUCUGUAAUCUGGAAAAGAAAUAUUCCGUGCUUUCUGGAGGAAAGGGAUUUCCUGUCAGUCCCAAUAGUCUAAAAGAGGGCUAUAGCAGUGUAAGUGAAAUUAGUGAGCUGUAUGGCAAUUCCACGAAUAUAUCCCCUUCCACUCAGCCCCCCACAGAUGCUGAAGCAGUUGCCACUGAGCCUUCCACGGCUGUGCUGACGAGCCAGCCACAAAAUAAAGAGCAUUUCAGAAACCUGGAAGAACGAAAGAAGCAGCACAGGGAAUGCAUGUACAUGAGCGAUACUUUACCUCGUAAGAAAACGACUCCAUCUGUAUCAGCCCACUUCAACAGUGCUACGCUUGGACGAAACAUUGCAUCUAAAGGACACUUACCAUUAGGACAGAGCAACAGCUGUGGCAGUGUACUACCUCACUGCCUGGCAACCAUGACCAAAGAAUCAGAGUCAAGAAGGAUGCACAAAGGGUAUAAUCAUCAGCGUAUCUGUGAAAACCAAAGGCAGAAGUCUCCCGAAUUCUACAGCAGAACAGCAUCUGAAUCGAAUGUGUAUCUGAAUAGUUUCCAUUACCCAGAUCGCAGUUACAAGGACCACGCCUUUGAUACGUUAAGCUUAGACAGUUCUGACAGUAUGGAAACAAGCAUAUCGGCAUGCUCACCAGAUAACAUUUCCAGUGCUAGCACUUCAAACGUUGCAAGAAUAGAAGAGAUGGAGAGGCUUCUGAAACAAGCACAUGCUGAAAAGACUAGGCUGCUUGAGACCAGGGAACGGGAGAUGGAAGCUAAAAAACGAGCUCUAGAAGAAGAAAAGCGUCGCAGGGAGCUACUGGAGAAAAGAUUGGAAGAAGAAACUAGUCAGAGGCAAAAAUUAAUCGAAAAGGAAGUCAAAAUACGUGAGAAACAAAGAGCACAGGCCCGUCCCUUGACUCGGUAUCUGCCCAUUAGAAAGGAAGACUUUGACCUACGAAGUCACAUUGAAACAGCUGGUCACAACAUAGAGACCUGUUACCACAUCUCCCUCACUGAGAAGACCUGCCGAGGCUUUCUGAUUAAAAUGGGAGGAAAAAUUAAAACGUGGAAAAAACGCUGGUUUGUUUUUGACAGAAACAAGAGAACUUUUACUUAUUACGCAGACAAACACGAAACUAAAUUAAAAGGUGUAAUAUAUUUUCAAGCUAUUGAAGAAGUCUACUAUGAUCAUCUAAAGAAUGCAUAUAAGAGUCCCAACCCGUUGCUCACUUUCAGUGUUAAGACACAUGACCGGAUAUACUACAUGGUUGCUCCUUCGCCAGAAGCCAUGAGGAUAUGGAUGGACGUUAUUGUUACAGGCGCAGAGGGCUACACUCACUUCAUGUUAUAAUAAAAGGGGGCAAAAGAGGGCAUACUGCAAUAGCAUCACAUAUGAAGUCAGCCAUACCUAGUGAAAUCUGAAAAGCCAGUGAAGACUCUGAAAUGUCCUCCUUAUGAUGUGCACCUGAAACCUCGGAACAAGAGGGGGUUUACAAAUGCAUUGAAGAGGGGGGGUUUGUGUGUUACUUGUUUUAGUUGUUCUUGAUAGGAACGAAAAAGCUAAAAGUUGUUGAAAGAAUCAUAGUGCUCCAAAAUGCAUAAUCGGGCAAUUUUAAUUAUAGCAUCUUGUUUCAAUGAUAAUUUUCUACAAAUUCUCUUACAGGGAGAAUAUGUUGGUAGACUCAUACUAAACAGUUUACAAAUGUGCACGUUCUCAUCCGUAUGCAAAAAUCCUAGUAGCGGAACAAAAAGAUGUAAUAAGCAUAUAUUUUAAUAUGCAGCAUUUGACAUUUGUAGGUGAUUAGGUGACUUUUAAAACUUUUAGUCAAGUGUUUUAUACAAACAUAAACAAAAAAGCAGCCCUAACGUACACACGGUUCUUGCCUUAGUAGUUAAGUAUUACAAUAGAGCCAAAGAGUUAUACGUUUCCCUUAUAAUAAUCUUUUCAUAUUGUUAAUUAUACCUAACUUCCUGUAAGGGGACAGUGCCAAAACUCUUCAUGACUUUUAAUAUAAUUGAAUUGUAAUGAUAUUCUGUAUGUUGAAACACUCAGUGACACCAACUGUACGUUUAAAGCCCGCAUCUACGGAGCUCAACAAAAAAGAGAAGGAUAGCUUUAUAAAGAUGCAUUUUCCCACAAGGAUAUGAAAUGGAAACACAUGUGAUAACUUCCUCAUAGGAAAGAAGUUUUAAUCUUCCUUGUUGAAUAGAAUGAGAUGAUUCUAGAUGCUAUAGCAAUUUUCUUUUAUGUAGUAAGGUCUCAAAGUAGUUUUAACCUUUCUCUGUGACAAAUGAACCUUCUACUCAAAUUUCUGAAACAUGGUGCCCUUGAAGCUAGUAACGCAGUCUCCACCUAUCUAAAUUCUUUGGAGCCAAGUUUUCAGUCCCAGAGAGUUGGGAUUUUUUUUAAAAAUACAUGUUUGCACAGAAUAAUGCUGUCAAAUAGAAUGAAAAGACAGAAGCGGGUUCUAAGAGUUUACACUAAGCAGUGUAUUAAUAAAAAAACCUGAACAUUUUAAGAAGCAGAGAUUGCGUUUCCUAAAACAAUGAAAAAUAUGAGGGUGCAGUGGUCUCUCAUUUUAAAAUCACUUCCAAAUCCUUGAGUAAUAUUACUAAAACAUAAAUUAUUUAAUCAAACUGAACUUCAAGGAAGUCUCUUAUAAUAUGACUUUAAGGAGGUUCUGUUUCAGUAAUCAAAACUUAUGUGCUAUAUGGUUUGUGUAAUAGAAAAAAACACAUCAGCCUUUUUUUUUCUUGAUGAAAAGUUGAUGGCUUUUGAUGGAACAAAUAAAAAACUGAAAGCAGAAUAGAAGUAUGCUGGCAGAAUAUUUUUGUUAUACUUUUAAAAUCCUGUAUCUGUAAUGAACAGGUUGAAUUUUUUGUGGUGUACACAGGUGAUAUAAUUGCUGUAGCACAAUGAACAUCAGCUUUGUCAGUUUCAACUUGAAUUCUGAAUGAAAGAAGGGACUGUUACUGAAAGAUAAUUGUUAUCCUCUGUGCAGAUCACAGCUUGUAAUCUAAUGAUUUAAAACACUAUCAUAAAUAAAUUGCUUUGGUUUAUAUAAUUA